AUGAAAUAUUUUUGUGUAUUUUUAGUGAUUUUUGCUUCCGUGGCAAUUUACAAAGUAAAAUCUGGUGGAGUUACAUUUCCUCGAUUCGAUGAAGAACUUCCACAACAUCGGUACAUAAGCUUUUCCAGCGAUUGCUUUGAUGUCUCACGAUCUCUAAGGAAUGAAGCUCACGAGACUUUUACCAAAUUGCAUGCAAUUCAAAAGACAUUCGAUGAUGCUGUAGCUGCAAAUAAUAAUGAGACUUCCGAAGAAAUAUUGCAAAAAUUUGUAGCUGAUUACAUUGAUGCUGAGGAAGCUUAUAUUAACCGACUUGUAGAUUUUUACGAUAUUCCAGUCGGAGACUUUGUCAGAACAGUCCGUAAGUUUGGAUUUAGAGCUACUGGAAACUUGUUAUGUGCUUAUGAACUAUUUGGAGAAGCUGUCGGUGACACUGUUGACUUUUAUGAAUAUUGUGUCAAAAAUCUUCGUCAUGAUCUUAUUGGAUAUCCAAAUGAAGCCAACAGCUGUGAACCAAACAUCCUUGCAUCACAUGCAAUUGAGAAUACCCAACUGGCUGUAAAGAGCGCCUAUAAUCGUGUCGUUGCUACAAAUAAUACACAUACUACUGACUAUGAUCGUUACUUGGUCGCCUAUCAUUUUAUUGAAAUAUUUGAGAAAGCUAUGUGGAGACUUAGUGACCGAUUAAUUGAAAUUUAUGAACUGAAUCCAGAUAUUUGGAGAAAAACUUUAAUUUACAAUGGAAAACAUGAAAAUUCAACUGGUAGUUAUUUGUGUGCUUAUGCAGCUUAUUAUCGUGCUGAAACUACUUAUGUUAAUACAUACAUGAGCUUAUUGACUGACAUCAUCCAAAGAACCAAACAAGUCUCUUAUGACUAUAUUUUGUAUUGA